AUGGCCACACCCACCUCGCCACUACCCUUCCUACACACCACCUCUCCUCCCACAACAACAACCACUACUACUACCCGCGCCUUCUCAACAUCCCCCACCCCCGCCGCAAAGAAAACCUACCAACUAAAACGCCUCGCCAAAGCAAAGAAACUCCUAAAGAACAUAGACACAUCUCGAUCCACAGACGCUUUCGGCGUCCAACAGUUUCUAGAGGACGUCGAAGCACCUAAUGAAUCAGAAAACCUCCUGAGGGAUAUCGAGAAGAAGAUUGCGAAUCUACAUCGUCGCAUUGUUGAGGUUGAGAAGGGGACGCCGCUUGCUUCUGCUUUUGCAUCCCAGGAGCCCGCCCCGCCAGUAUUGAUCAAAGAAAGUGUAGCUGAUGCGUUUGAUGCCGUUGGCACUGCAGUCAGUAACGAAGCGACGGCACCAAGAAAAAGGAAAGGCAGACAUGAGCGCGAACGAGCCCGGAGACGGGAACAAGAAAGAUACCGGACUGAGAAGAUGAAGGAACUUGGCAUGCUAUUAGCAGAAUACAAAGCCCAAGCCGCAGUCGUCAAAGCGGAAGCAGAGAAAACGGCUGAGAUGCGGAAGAGGAGGGAAGAAGUAUUAGCGAAGAAACGCACACUACUUCAACAACUUAACGCACAUGAAGAGGAGGAGCGCAGGGCCAGUCUUGUAAGGAGAACGAGCCUGGCGGAUAGGGAGGGUGGGUUGGCGGAGGGAUUUGAGCUUGAUGAGGUACUCGAUGAUGCGAUGAAGAAGGUUAAGAAGAUGCCGAUGCAUCCGCCGAGGGAAGAAAGAGAGUAUAAAGAGAGGGAGGUGAAGGAUGUGGAUGUGCCGAGGGCGAAGCGGGUGGUGUGGCCGAAGGGGACGGGGGCUGUGAGUGUGCUGAAGAGGGGUGGGGAUGGGGAUGGGGAUGAGGUGGUUGGGGAGGAGGUUAUGGAUGGGGAACGAGCUGAGGGGAUGGUGGUUGACGAUGGCGAUACCUCCACAUCCAAGUCUCUAUCCGAAUCGACCCACGAACAGACAGAGGCUACUGCAAGAACCUCCAACGACAAGCCCUUUGCAGAAGAGCUAGUUGACGCGGCUGCCGACGAUUUCGCGAGUUCGGUCGCAAACGCAGGAGAUCCCUUCCCUCCCACCUCCGCCCAGCAAAAGCCAUCAACCAAAGCCAGCAAACCCAUCAAGAAAGACACUCCACGCCCACCACCAUCCCCACCGUCCUCCAAGGAUGACUUACGCCUCAACAUCCCUCCCUCAGGCAUCGUCCCCAUCGACGCCGACUUGAUCCUCUCCCUCGACUCUUCCGUCCCGGCCCUCCAAUCCCAAAUCCUUGCCCUCCGCAACCGCCUAAAAUCCUCCUACCCCCGCAUCGACAACCUCCCCUACGACGUCUGGACCUCGUCCAACAAACGCACCCUGCAAACCUGGCUCAAGAUCCUGAUCAGUCGGUGGAACGCGCGCUUCGAUGAUGUGGACGGCACGGGCCAGGUUGAUAAAAGUGUUGUAGAUGAGAGGGUCAAGGAGGUACUGGAUAGUAUGGUUAGGGAACAUGAUUUGGGGAAUGAGGCUGCGGAAAGGAUGGCGAUGAGGUGGCAUGAGGCGUUUGAGCGGAGGGGGGAUAUGUGGGGGGAUGCGGAGGGGAGGUUGGAUUGGGAGGAGAUGGAGGCGGGGGGGUUGGGGUUUUUGGGGGUUGAGAGGGAGGAUGGUGGGGUUGAAGGACCGGUGCUGGAGCAAGAGGCGGGUAAGAGUGGUGAAGAGGUGGAUGUCGAGAAGAAGAUUGAGCCUGCGCCUAUGAGGAUGGCGGGGAGUGGUGUGACAACCAACGGGGUCAUGGGUCGCAGGAUGUAUUCCACGUCGACGAGAAGGGGGUUUUGGUCUUGGUCCAGGAUUUUGGGGACGGAGGGGAAAGACGAGAAGAACGAGCUGAACGAGAAGAACGAGAAGAACGAGAAGAACGAGAAGAAAGAGGAGGUGAAGCAGCGUUAUAGGACAGACGCCAUACCAGACAGCCCGACCCAGCCCAAGCCCGCUGCUACAUCGAACGCCAAACCAGUUGAGAAGAUCGAUACAAAAAUGCACGAAAAGACCCACGUCCAAUCAAUCGCCAAACCAGACGUCAAGCCCGACCCAAAGCGCCAACCCAAGCGCUCCACAGAGCCCGUCCCACCAAAGCACGACGCCAAACCCGACGCCAAAGCAGACACAAAAGAUGACGCCAAACUCGACCCUCGCAAAAUCAGAGAGUACGCACCUCGGAUGCAUCGGCCUCCCGGUCAGGGCGUAAGUAAGACCGUCUUGCAGAAAAAGAGGAGGCAGGCUAAGAAGAUGGAGGAUGAGAGACGAAUGACUGAGGCACUGGAGCGAGGACGAGAGGGUGGGGAGGAACAGAUGAACGUCCAAGAGCAAGGGAUAGAAGAUGGGGAACAACUGCCUGGCGCACAUGAACGUGCGGGAGAACUCAAAACCAAGCAGCCGCAACAACAGCCGCUAACGCCAGAACGCGCAAACGCCAAAUUACCGCAAUACCGAGCGGACACGAUCAAAAAGGCCGACGAAGUCUUACCGAAAAUCAUACCACGAACCCACCAAAUCGCACCUAAUCAAGACACCGAAACCGACCCCGACAAACCAGCCUUCGUACGCACCAAGGGACCCCUCCAGCCCCUACCUGAACUCAGACGCUCGAGGCAUAUUGAAUGGAGGAAAUUGGAGCGGACAGAAUUGCCAGGGCCGCCUAGACAUAUUGUGAAGCCCCCGACAGACAGCAAGGGCAAGGCUUCAGGAACGAAGUCGCUGCAAGACUUUUUGGAUAGCAUGAAUGAGGUUGCUGCGCAUUCGCCUUUUGAGGCGGAGCCGAGACAGCAGACUCGUCCUUUGUCGAUGCUGGAGGGGGGGAUGGAGGGACUAGUGCAACAAUCGUCCUCCGCUCAACAACCCCCUCCACAGACCAAACCUGCCUCCUCACAAUCCCAACUACAACAAUCUCAACUACAACAACUACAACCACCACAACCGUCCCUCCCCCACCUCACCCCCACCGGCUCCGCACACAUGGUCUCGGUAUCCGCCAAGGAACACACCACCCGCACCGCCAUCGCCGUCGGAACCGUGUAUUUCACCAACGCCGUGCCCCUCCGCCUCAUCCGUUCAAACGCCAACAAGAAAGGAGAUGUGUUGGGUACAUCGCGCAUAGCCGGCAUAAUGGCCGCGAAGAAAUGUCCGGAGUUGAUUCCGUUGUGCCAUCCCAUCGCUCUAACCCACGUCAGCGUCGAACUACGACUUUUUGGUGAUAAGUGGGAUCCGCGGACAACAACAACAACAAAGGAAGGGGAGAUGGAGGGGAUUAUGGGGGUAUUGGAGAGAAGUGAGAUAUUAGGGGGGAAAGGGAAGGGGAAGGGGAAAAUGGGUUUUGGGGGCGUGAACAUCGAAGCCAAAGUGCAAUGUACAGGCCCCACGGGAGUGGAGAUGGAGGCCCUGACGGCGGUUAUGGGCGCGGCGCUUAGUGUGGUGGAUAUGUGUAAGGCGGUGGAUAGGUCGCAGAGGGUGAGUGGUGUUAGGGUUGUGAUGAAGGAGGGGGGAAGGAGUGGGGAGUGGAGGGAGGCGGGGUGGAGGAGUUGGCAGGAAUGA